UGUGGGGAAAACAAACUAACUGUCAAACGACAUACUUGUUUAAAGCAUUUGUUCAAAAACAAAGGGGGAAAGUAGGUUAAAUAGUGUGUUUCGAAAUGUUUCCCUCCAUAUUGAGGACUAGUGUGAGUACAGCCUAGUGACCUGUAGGUGGCGCUAACACGAGACUUGAGCUGGUGGAGGUUUUGUCUUCCCAAACUUUGUAUCCCGGUUUGUUUUUGGUCUUUAGGGUUCAGUAUCACUUUAACUCUACCCUGUGUGAGAUGGAGAUCCUCCACCUGCUGCUGAUUUGCUGCUCAGUUGCUCCUCUGUGGACGCAGUCACAGCUGCCAUCUUUUCCUGCUGGUGUCUUUGUAAAGGUACGAACUGAGACCGAGCUUACACUGGAGUGGAGUAAAGUGAAUGAUUUCAGCUACAUCUUGAGAUACAGUAAUGGAACAGAAACUCCACUUACUGUAUCAGCUAAUGGGUCUGUUUUAAGGUAUACAGUCUCAUCGCUGUCUCCUGGGACCAAGUACAACUUUGUUUUGUAUGCAGUAUCUAAAGGAGUAAAGCAAAAUGCUUUCAACUUUACUACUGUUACUAAUCCCUCCAACGUUGCCAGAGUGACUGUAGGGGCUCGUUCUGAGACUGCAAUAACAUUUCAGUGGGUUAAGUUCAACCAGGUUAAUGCAUACACUUACAUCCUAAAACCAAGCAACAGGUCUGAGGCAUACACUCCUAUGUAUUGGGGAUCAUCUUUGGCAACGCAUACUGUAACAUCUCUUAGUCCCGGGACCAAAUAUACCUUCACUCUUUAUACAGUAUUUGGAGGAGAGAGGAGUAGUGGCUACAACUUCUCCGCAGUGACCAUGCCUGUCAAUGUGGCAAGAGUUAAUGUUACACAGCAAUUAGCAGAUGGAUUAGAACUGUCAUGGGAAGAAGUGAAAGGCAGUAAUCUCAGCUACAUCCUGAGACGUGGCGGCGGUGCUGAGACCCCAGUUGCUGUAUUAGAGAACGCUCCUGUAAUUAGGCAUACAAUUUCAUCACUCUCUCCUAGGACCAAGUACAGCUUCACUCUUUAUACUGUGUUUGAAGGCGUGAAGAGUAGAGGCCUGACGUUCACUUCAGUCACAGCAUCUCUGAUUGUGACUGGUCUGCGUUGUGAGCAGCUGUCUGGAGGAAGUGGUUUGGGUGUAGUUUGGGAUGCUCCAUCUGGGAAAUGGACAGGAGUAGAAGUGCAGAUGAAAGGAAGAAACCCUCAGUACUUGAACGGAACCAGACUUGAGCUCCACAAUCUCCAUCCAGCUCUUUGGUAUGAUCUGACGUUCAAAUUAUGUUCAGGAGAUGUAAAGAGCGCUCCAACUUCAAUCAGCUGUCAGACUGAUCCAAGAGGAGUGAUAGCAGGAGUUGUAUUGGUUCUUCUGUUUAUCCUCUUCCUUGUUUGUCUUGGAGUUCAUAUUAAUCAUAGGAAGUCUGUCCUUAAAAGAAAAGCUCCAAAUGACUUGCACACCAAUCCAACAUCAAUUCAAGAAGCAGAGGAAGGUGGAUAUAAUGCUCGUGUUCAGGCAAAACAACAGUCGUCUUCUAGCAGGAAACACCAUGACCAGAGAUUGAACAAGAAAACAAGUGUUCUACCCAUUGAGAACCCUUACGGGAACGCCUUGAGCUUUGCUAACGGUCACCAGUAAUGAAAUGGCAAAAUGAUAGAGCACAUAUAAGACACUGAAUAUUUGGAUUUUUUUAUUUAUUUUUUGAUAGUCAUGUGAUGGAUAUGUCCCAUGUACUGAUUUCUAGUUCAUGCCUUAUAGUAAGUAUUUUUGCAC